GGAAAGGGCCGUUUUUGGUGGUAUCAUCGCCGGGUUCACACACACACCUCCGCGGCUCGCACCCAAGAGAGAGAAAAAAAAACAGUUUUGGACGGGCCACCUCCCUCCACCUGCACCGCACCUCCUCUGCUUUUCUUCCCGUUUCCCUUCUCUACAGAUUGUGUAUCCUUGCGCUCCCCAGUACGUCGAGGCAUUGGCCCGCCCCAAACCAUCCGACGACCACACGAGGACGACCUCGACGCGCGAUCCUCGCUUCCUCUUGCCAUACCCGCCACUCUCCGACCACGACAGUCUCCGUCUCGACAGCCAUGUCUCUGCCCGGUCUGCGAGGCACUUCGCGUGCCCUCCGCGGCAUCGCGAGGCCGGCGACCCUGCCCGUCGCCGGCAGGCGUGCCAAGUCGUCCAUGGCCAUGGACGGCCAGCAACAGCUUCUCGCCGCGCACCUCCAGAAGGCGGACCCGGCUGUCUUCGACAUCAUUGAGAAUGAGAAAAACCGUCAAAAGCACUUCAUCAACCUGAUCCCCUCCGAGAACUUUACCUCCCAGGCCGUGCUUGACGCGCUCGGCAGCGUCAUGCAGAACAAGUACUCCGAGGGCUACCCCGGUGCCCGGUACUAUGGCGGCAACGAGUUCAUCGAUCAGGCGGAGCGUCUGUGCCAGCAGCGCGCCCUCGAGGCGUUUGAGCUGGACCCCAAGAACUGGGGCGUCAAUGUGCAAGCCCUCUCCGGUGCGCCGGCCAACCUGUACGUGUACUCGGCGCUCAUGGACACGCACGACCGCCUCAUGGGCCUCGACCUGCCCCACGGCGGCCACCUGUCGCACGGCUACCAGACCCCGACCAAGAAGAUCUCCUUCAUCUCCAAGUACUUUGAGACCCUGCCGUACCGCCUGGACGAGUCGACGGGCCUCAUCGACUACGACAAGCUCGAGGAAACGGCUCUCCUCUACCGCCCCAAGAUCAUCGUCGCCGGCGCCAGCGCCUACAGCCGUCUGAUUGACUACAAGCGCAUGCGCGAGAUCUGCGACAAGGUCAACGCCUACCUGCUGGCCGACAUGGCCCACAUCUCGGGCAUGGUCGCCGCCAAGGUCAUGCCCAGCCCCUUCGCGUACGCCGACAUCGUCACCACGACGAGCCACAAGUCACUACGCGGCCCGCGCGGCGCCCUCAUCUUCUUCCGCAAGGGCGUGCGGAGGCAGAACCCCAAGACCAAGGAGGACGAGAUGUACAACCUCGAGGGCCCCAUCAACACGUCCGUCUUCCCCGGCCACCAGGGCGGCCCGCACAACCACACCAUCACGGCGCUCGCCGUCGCCCUCAAGCAGGCCCAGGCGCCCGACUUCCACGCCUACCAGUCGCAGGUGCUGGCCAACGCAAAGGCCUUUGCCAAGCGCCUCGGCGAGGACAAGGGCAAGGGCGGCCUGGGCUACAGCCUCGUCUCGGGCGGCACCGAUAACCACCUCGUGCUGGCCGACCUCAAGCCCCAUGGCGUCGACGGCGGCCGCGUCGAGCGCGUCCUCGAGCUCGUCGGCGUCGCGGCCAACAAGAACACGGUGCCCGGCGACCGCUCCGCCCUCGUGCCCGGCGGCCUGCGCAUGGGCACGCCCGCUAUGACGACGCGCGGCUUCAACGAGGACGACUUUGUGCGCGUCGCCGACGUGGUCGACCGCGCCGUCGCCAUCGCCGCCCGCGUCGACAAGACGGUCCGCGCCGCCGCCAAGGACAAGGGCGAGAAGAGCCCCGGCAAGCUCAAGCUCUUCCUCGACCACCUCGGCAACGGCGACAACGAGCCCGAGAUUGUCCAGCUGCGGAGCGAGGUCGAGGACUGGGUCGGCACCUACCCGCUGCCCUGGGAGUCGGGCAAGUAAGGGGAGCUGCCGCUCAACCAGACAAAACUUGCUGCCAAUCUGUCUCUGUUCUUCCCGACCUUGACAGAAUUGCGGGAACUGCGUGGAGCAGCGAGGGUUGCAAUGGGGGAGGCUAGAGACUUGGGAACCGCACAUCAGCGCAUGGAAAAAAGGGCAUACGCUGUGAAAUGAAGGGGAGGGGGCUCGCAGCGUUUUGUAACCAACCAAAACCCAAUCACGCAUCUUCGUCAUUUUAUACACAUGUACAUGGGGGGGGCUCGUCGUCUCAUAUGAGCCAUGUUUUUGUUUGCCGGGAGCGGCUUUGGCCUCCCGUUUCUGCGACUCUGGCUGCUGGCUAUCCGGACUUUGCUUGUAUUCUGCAUUUUUGUUUGGGCUGGGGAAGGACUGUUUUUUGGCACUGCUUGGGUUUUAUCUGUCUUUUUUAACAUUUACAUACAUGGGCGAUAUACACAACGUAGUAGUUAUCACCAAACACGAGGAUCAACUCCCGAGGCAUAUACAUACAUGCUUUUUUUACUUUUUGAA